AUGGAAGAAAUGGGUAUGGUCAGAUCUCAAGUUUUGUACUGGUGCUGCAGAGCAAUAAUGUCGAAUACAAAUGGGACGUUAUCGGCUUCCUCAAGUGUUGUGGUGAAAGAAAAUAUCAGUUUAACUGAUAAAGAAAGGCAGAUAUUUGGGAAGUUGCUUCAAGUUGUUCACCAUUUUAAUCUUGAAACGCAACUUCGGGUUGCUGGUGGGUGGGUUAGAGACAAGCUAUUAGGAAAAGAGUGUUAUGAUAUUGAUAUUGCUCUUGAUAAUAUGUUGGGUAGAGAAUUUUGUGAAAAGGUGAACGAUUACUUGGUAUCUACGGGAGAAGAAACACCAGGAUUUGGUGUUAUUCCAAGCAAACCGCAUCAAGGCAAGCACUUGGAAACAGCAACAAGGCGUCUUUUUGAUGUUUGGAUUGAUUUUGUUAACUUAAUAUCCGAAAAUAACACUGAAAACGGUAGAAGUCCAACCAUGGGGUUUUGUCCUGCAAAACGGGAUGCAUACAGAAGGGAUCUGACCAUUAAUAGCUUGUUUUAUAACAUUAAUUCUUGCUUAGUUGAAGAUUUCACAGGGGGAGGACUUGAUGAUCUGAAAUCUGGUAAAAUUGUGACUCCUUUACCCCCAAAAGAAAGAUUUUUGGAUGACCCUUUGAGAGUUCUUAGAGCCAUUCGUUUUGCUACUAGGUUUGAAUUUGAGAUGGUUGAAGAGCUGAAAGUUGCAGCUGCUGAUAAUGAUGUGAAAACCGCCUUUUCUGAUAAAAUCAGUAGAGAACGUGUUGGUCACGAGAUAGAUCGUAUGGUUGGUGGCAACCAACCGGUCAAAGCAAUAACAUGCUUGUCCGAGUUAGGCCUAUUCUGGGUUGUCUUCAAAUUGCCUUCAAAGUAUGACCCUCCAAUCUCAGAAGAACGUGAUAGGAUUUGUCUUUGGUACAUGAGUGCAGCAUCGAGAUUUCUUUGUGAGGUAGGAUCUUGUACCUUGAGUGAUGAACAAAGGAGAUUGUACUUGUUUGCGGCAUUAUUCCUUCCACUUAGAAAUAACCUUAAUGGAGAUAAGAAAAGGAGAACGGCAUCAGCUGUGAAUCACAUUUUUAAGAAUUCUCUUAAGCUCAAAUCUAGCGAUGCUGUCAAUGUCAACAGAUUGCACAAUGCAGCUGAAAAGUUCUUAGCUUUAACCCCUUUUAUGGUUCCAACUGAAGAAAGUGCAGAACCUGUUGAGGUUGAUUGGAAUUCAGAUAUGAUUGAUGUUCCUAGUUCAUUGAAAUUGAGAAUCUUGAUAGGUAUUGUUGUUCACAACAUCAAAGAUCUUUGGCGGGCUGCAUUGAUGUUGUCGACCCUUUUAAACGAAGACUCUUCAUUUGAGAGAAAAAUAGGAGUGUACAAGAAUGCAGAGGAGGAAAUCUUGAAAUUAGGCUUAGAGAAAGUAUGGGAGGUUCAACCUUUGAUAAAUGGGCCGACUAUAAUGAAGCUUUUGAAACUUAAAAAUGGAGGUCCGGUUAUUGGUGAGUGGCAGCAAAAAUUACUACAAUGGCAGCUUGCUUACCCAUCUGGUAAUGUGCAAGAAGGUACUGAUUGGAUGACAACGCAAAUACAGUUAAAUCGACCUACGACUUGA